UGUUACAGAAUGGAUGCGGGCUGCUAUAUUCAUGUCGCCAGCAAAUCUUCCUGUACUGUUUGGGACACAUAGGGUCUUUGUCCUGCAUGCUGGCUGCUCCUUCCUCCACACCUGACCUGAACACGGAAGAUAUAACUCACAGAUGCUUGGAUUGUCCUAGUCUGCUGAUUAAGAGUUCCCCUCCCCACAUCCCCUUCCCCCUGCUGCACAAUGCAUCGGACCAAACGGAUCAAAAUGACCGAGCUCAACCCGCACCUCAUGUGUGCGCUGUGUGGAGGGUACUUCAUUGAUGCCGCCACCAUUGUGGAGUGUCUGCAUUCCUUCUGCAAGACAUGCAUCCUGCGCUACUUAGAAGCCCACAAGUUCUGCCCCAUGUGCGACUCGCAGGUCCACAAAGGACGCCCACUUCUCAGCAUCAGGUCGGAUAAAACAUUGCAAGACAUUGUAUAUAAGCUUGUGCCGGGACUCUUCAGAGAUGAGAUGAAAAGACGAAGGGAGUUUUACGCCUCGUAUGCUCGUAAAGAAGCUAACACUGGCUCCAGCUCCGAGCAGGGGGACAAAGUCACUGAGACUGGAGAAUUGGUGGCACAUGAGGAGGAGAGCAUCAGUCUAUCAAUCCAGUUCUCAGAGGAUGCAAGUGAUGAGACACAAGAGUUAGCAGACAGUGAAGACCUUGAGAAGAGGAACAGUCUUCGAUUCCUGCGUUGUCCUGCAGCCAUGACCAUAACUCACCUUGCUAAAUUCUUGCGAAACAAGAUGGACGUUCCAAGCAAGUACAAGGUUGAAAUUCUGUAUGAAGAAGAGCUGCUAAAGGACUACUAUACCCUAAUGGACAUUGCUUACAUAUACCCCUGGGGACGGACUGGUCCGCUACCUCUCAAAUAUCGGGUCCAACCAACCUGCAAACGAUUACGAUUCAGUCGUCCAAGGAGCCUACAAGAAGCCAACCGUGGCACAACGUCAGAAGGGGAAUCGACCAGUGACAAGGCCAGCAGCCCAGCGCCAAUCCCCUCUACCUCCUCCUCCCUCCCCAGCCCUGCCACUCCUUGCCAAGGCUCUCCAAACCCCAACACUGAACUCCCCCCCUCAUCGACCAUCCAUAAUGGGCACUCUGCCAGUCGAGGGCGUAAAGUUACGCUCAAUGGGGUUCCAGGACCCCCUCUCACUUGAGAAUUUUAAUUGUCCAGAGUCUUUUAUACAUAUGUAUAUAUUACAAAAAAAGGAACUUUUUUAUUUUCUAUGGACAAGAGUAAUUUAAUCCCUCCUUACACCUAAAAUCUUUUUGUAAUGUUUUCUUAUAAUUUAUAAGCGGUUGGGCGGGAGUCGACACGUUCUUGUCUGAAUGUUGCAGCGUCCGAUCCACACCAGUUGGUUUAGAAGCAACAUUUUUGUCACGUUUGUACUUUGAAUGAAGGGAAUAGGCCUUGACAGGUCAUCCCUGGGGCUGGCCGCCCGCAAGACUCCUUUCUACAACGUGUUUCAUAAGUUAUUUUAAUGGUGUGAACUUUGAAAGACAGGAUAUAGAGCAGAAAUGUGACCGGAGGUCUUGCUUAUUGUCAGCAAUUUAUGUAUGAUGUGCACUCCAGGGGGCACCACUUUCCUUAUUGCGCUGUUGAAUGUAUGUUUUCAAAGUGCCCUCAGUCGCAUCUGGUCACCACAAUACUAUGGCACAAUGGGGUCCGUCACCCCCAUCUUUCAUAUGAACCCCCCUCCCCAAGCAUUUUGUGUCCACUUUGUGGGUGGGAUUUUGGGGUUGUGGGGUGUCUCUACCUGUCAAUAUAAAUAAAGAUAUACAAAGUG